AUGGAUGAUCCAGUUAUUUCCUUAUCCAAUGCUGAUGCACCACACUGGAACAGAGAUCUGAUGCUGGAAUUCCAGGCUGCGUUGGCUGAGGAUCCAGCCGCGGAUCUGUUGUCGAUGUUUACCGAUUCCUAUCUCCAUGCGCAUCGAAAGGAUCAAAACCUCAAGGCGUCUCAUGCCGAAACCAUCAAUUUCCGGAUGUUGACUCACCUCUAUGACGCUGUCAAGAAGAAUCCAAAAGUCAACCUGCUCUCUGUGUUCCCCCUAGGCUAUCAUGACGAUAUUGAGAUCGCAGCCGAACGGAAGAAUCCCGACCCUGAAAAAGGCCGCCGCCUCGAGAACCGCCGAAAUUCCAAGGGUAAGCUUAUGUUCCGAGAGCGGUUUGACGACGUAGAAGGGGGGGCUCAGGUCGUCUUUCCCUUAUCGGAGGAUGUGAUCGCUUUGCUUUCCCAGUAUUCGAGUGAAGGGCCAGACGAGAUGCUGGGGGACCAAGAGAAACUCCUUUCAUCCUUGAAACAACUCCUUCGGAAGUCGCCCAGAAUCUGGGACAACUUUUUCACGGGCAUGGUGGUGAAAUGCAACGAGCGGAUCGUCGCCAAAGUCGGCAUUCAAAACGACGAGGACAACCCCGAAUACACCGAGUACACCAGCAUGCAGUAUCUGGAGCAGCAGGUGCCUGACAUUCCGGCGUCGAGACCCCGUGGGCUGGUCGAGUUCUAUCCUUACUGGGUGAUCUUCAUGUCGUACGUUCCAGACAUGUCCUUGGCCGACGCAUGGCCCAGUUUGAGGCACAAAGACAAGCUCUCCAUCCAACACCAGCUGGAGGCGAUGUUCGACCGUCUGAGAAGCAUCCGACAGGACGAUGGCCAGCCUCUUGGCGGAGUGUGUGGAGAAGGGGUGAAAGAGGUCCUGGUGAAGCCCUUCGGCACAAUCAGAGAUAUCACCACCUCCAAGCAGUACCUCGACCUGCAUUUCUCGACUCAUCGCCGCUGUAGCAAGACUUACAUGGCGUUUCUUCGUUCCCUCCUGGAACAGGAUGGCAAGCUCUCGGCUUCCAUGCAGGGAUCCGUGUUCAGCCACGGCGACGUCCGAACGGCCAAUAUCAUGGUCCAGCGGGAUGCGUCCACCGGCCAGUGGGUGGUCUCGGGGAUCAUUGACUGGGCGUACGCCGGGUUCUAUCCUGAGUACUACGAGGGCACGGGAGUGGCGCGCGCUCUGUCUUUCGAUAAGGAAGAUGACUGGUAUCUCUACCUGCCACGGAAUAUCUCCCCGGCCAACUUUCCGGUGCCUUUCCUGGUGAAUCGACUGUUGCAUCAUCAUGACUGGUGA